AUUGGGUAUUGAUUGUAAAUAGCGGGGUUUGUAAACGUUUCUUGACGUUGAUGUUGAUAUAAGCGUCAUGUCUAAUGUUUAACUGUUUAAACUAAAUGUCCAGUUUUGGAUGAGAGGUAAAUGAGAUGCUGGCGAUUUCAUCCAAAAAUCCCAAUGAUCAAGAACUUCCAUUGCAGAACUCAAACUCUUUAAAACAGAAUCUACCAAGUACAAAUACCGUCUCGAGUUUUCCUACUUCUGAAACUGACAACGCAAUUCAGAUACCGCAACCCCAGUUUUCAAUAUCAUCACAGGCGUUCAGUAUGUUUCUAACCAGGUCUAUUGAAAAAAUCGCUAGCGAACGCGAAACCCGAAAGUCUCACAAUUCAGCUGUAAAAAAGGCAUGUGAGGAGGCUCUCGUCUUGUUAAAAGAACAACCACAAGUGUUACCUAGUAGUAAACUCUCGUCAACCAACGAAUCUAGCACACAUCUUCCACCUCUAAAAUCAGACUGUGGUAUAUUGUUGAGUGAUGAAAGACUUCUUCGUCCAUUCCAACUGGCCUGCACUAUGAAAUCACCAAAAAUUGUCAGCACAGCAGUCGAUUCAUUGCAGAAGUUAAUUGCUUAUGGUCAUAUUCCAAACACAGCUGUUUGCUCUUCUGGAAAAGUUCGUAUAAUCGAACAAGUUGUAACUACAAUAUGUUCAUGUUUCCAAGGUGUACAAACUGAUGAUGGCAUUCAGUUACAAAUUUUAAAGGCACUUUUAACUGUGAUCACAAGCUCAGUCGUUGAAAUUCAUGAAGCCGAUAUCCUUCUUGUUGUAAGAACUUGUUAUAACAUUUUUAUGGCAACAAAAAACCCAAUUAAUCAAGCAACAGCACGUGCAACUCUUACACAGAUUAUUAGUGUAUUAUUUCAACGGAUGGAACAAAAUGCAUUUGAAGCAGCGAUUGCAAUGAAUGCACAUAUUUCUCCUAAUUCUGAUUCAACUACACCAGAUGAAUGUAAGAUUGAACAAUUACCUUCGGGAAAUUCAACAAAAAUAUCAUUUGUAAAUGAAUCGGAUUCGCGAAAAGUAGGUUAUUUCCCGAUCUAAGUAGUUAGAAAAAUCCUAAGUUUAGAUGUAACUGUUUUGUUUCUGAUGUAGUUGCUAAUUUUUGGCGAAAUAUAUGCACACUAUUAUUCUUUUGAUUUUCAGAUUAUGAUUGGUCUUCACUCUCCUCGUUGGUUGCUAAAAAAUAGCGAUUGUUGUACACAUCCUAUAGUGUUGACCAAAGUUUGUAAAUUAAUUCAGUGUCACUGUUGAAAGCAGGAAUAAAAUUUUUUAUUUAAGAGUGGUUUUCAAAAAGGCGUCAGUUUGAGUUUCAUAUCUGCUGGUACUACUCUGUAGCAAGGAAUAAGUGGCUUUAAUUUCAGAGAAACUAACUUCUGGAUACGUUUCAGUCAUAACCUAACUCCAAAGAUUUUCGUUGAAUGAUUUUAAUAUUGAUUGUCAACAUGUUUGUAUAAGUAGUUAUAUUCCAAUAGUCAUCUUUCGGUUGUCUGUCACUUAAUGUAGGGGAUUAAAGCGGUAGAAAAUAAUAUUUUUACCGAGUAAAUGAGUAUUAAUUUAAGUCACUUUUACAAUCAGGAUCUUAACUUGAUAAACAAGAUGUACUUUACAUUUUUACUUAUUCAUAUAUCAUCCUAUCAUACUGACUGUUUUGUACACUAUUUCUCUGAAUGAUUAAUGGCCUUGAUGAUAAUAAUCUUUUUUUCCAGUGAGUUAAACAUCAGAUUUAAAAUAUAAACAAUUUUAAACACAUUGGUGCCAUGAAAAUGGCGAGUAAAGCUGCUUGCGGCUUCGCGAAACGUCCCGCUUACAAGCACUGGGUUUCUUCUGGCUCCUUACAACUUAUGGAAUCCCGUCGGUCUACUCCGGGUGACCGUAAGUUUGACCACAAACGAAGGCUGUUACGUAAUGAAAUCGGGCAAAGCUUGCGUAAAUACCGAGAAGCCUGGUGGUCGGAGCGUGCUAAUGAGAUGGAAGCAGCAGCUGCAUCUGGUAACUGCCGGAAGCUCUUCCAACUCAUCCGAGCCACUGGCAGCAAGAAGUCUGGUGUGAGUGAAACAAUCUACGAGGAUGACGGGAUGCCAAUCGACGUCUUGGACGAUGGGCGGAAUUUUUUGAAGGGCAGUUCAACUGGCCUGCUGCUCCGGCAACAUCAACCAGCUUGUCCUACCCCCCAUGGCCGGUGACGACUGAUCCACCAAACGUGGCGGAAGUCCGCAAGAAACUCCAACUCUUGAAGCGCUACAAAUCACCGGGCCCAGAUGACUUACCUCCGGCUCUUUUUAAAGAUGGUGAUGACUUUCUGACUAAGGAACUGACGGUCAUACUUAUCGCAGGCCAACAAUCGUAGUGUUUCUUGAUAUCAGGGCUGCCUUCAAUUCGUUGGACAGGACUGUUCUCUGGGAUUGUCUAUUGAAGAAGGGUGUGCCUGAGAAGUUCAUUAACAUCUUAAAGGCCCUGUAUACGAACACCUCAGGCAGAGUGAGGGCAUACAACCACCUUUCUCCUUUGUUUCAUUCGAGUAGUGGGGUUAGACAGGGUUGCCCGAUCUCACCAUUCCUCUUCAACUUUGCCAUCGAUGACAUUCUGGAAACAGCUCUGAUGGAUGUAAGUAAUGGCGGUAUGGAUCUGGAGAACGACUUCUCGAGUAUGCGGAUGAUAUUGUCUUACUGUGCGAUAAUGCCCAAGGCAUGCAAUCAGCACUUAAUCAGUUGGCAAUCAGUGUCCACAGGUACGGUAUGUGCUUUGCACCCUCCAAGUGCAAAGUACUCCUACAAGACUGACAGGAUUCUCAUCCUGUACUCACCCUGGAUGGUGAGCAGAUUGAAGUAGUUGAGAAGUUCGUGUAUCUAGGUAGCUAUGUAAGUGCUGGUGGUGGCGUGAGUGACGAGAUUGAUGCACGUAUAAGGAAAGCCAGAGUGGCUUAUGCCAAUCUGGGCCAUCUUUGGCGCCUUCGUGAUGUUAGUCUGGCUGUAGAAGGUAGGAUUUACAACCCGUCGGUGAGAGCAGUUUUGCUCUAUGCUUGUGAAACCUGGCCUCUCCGAGUUGAGGAUGUUAGACGUCUCUCUGUGUUUGAUCAUCGUUGUCUCCGAAGGAUUGAUGACAUCCAGUGGCAACACCAUGUUAGUAAUGCAGAGGUUCUGCAUCGUGUGUUCGGGAGCCGAGAUGAUAAUUCAAUUGGUGUCACUAUCUUGAAACACCGACUUCGGUGGCUUGGACAUGUUUUACGAAUGUCGUCCCAGAGACUUCCACGUCGUGCAUUAUUUGCCGACUCUGGGACUGGUUGGAGAAAGCGGAGAGGAGGUCAGUGUAUGACAUGGUGUCGUGGCAUGAAAGAGAGCUGCAAAGGGCUAGCUUUUGUUGGUCCUUCACGACUCCCUGGUUGGAGCCCGAGAGAUGGUGCAACACAGUGGCUAGAGACGUUAUCAGAUAUGGCUCAGAAUAGAAGCCAGUGGUGAUCCUGCUGCAACCUUCUUUUACUUUCUACAUGAAGAGUGGUUCUAACUUUCUUAACUGAAAGAGUCUUCCGGUUGUAUAUUUCAGUCCGCCUUAUCUUUUCAUCCCUUCUCUUCCUACUUUCAUUAUUUUGUGUGGCGCAUAUGUAUCUGGUGCCCUUUUGUACCAAUAUAUAUGUGUUUAAAUAAAUAAACACAUUGGUGUAUAUCUUCCUUUACUCUAAUGUAGGAUGAAAACAAUACUGGUGAGAAAUUACUAAAUGGCGAUACCCAUAUCAACGGUUGUGUCUCCCCUGAUGCUGACAAUGGUGAUAUACCUACGAAAGAAGACAAGGAUUCUGAAUCAAAAGUUAAUAAAAUCGUUGAAGACAUUCUAUAUGAAAUAAUCAAAAAAGUCUCAGUAGAUGACGAAGACGAUAGUAAUUCUCUGUCAUCAUCGCUUUGUAUACCAAAUUCUGAAUCGCUACCUGAUAUAUGUAAAUCAUCUAUAGAUUCGUCACGUUCUUCAUCCAUUUCAAUUUCGGUAAAUACUAGCCUUAAUCAAGAAUGGUCAAGUGGUAGUGUCACCCCCAGUAUUGUUAGUGCCACUGCUACAGCUACCAAUAACAUACAUGAGUCGGAUUUGAAAGAUCCGAAUUCUACAUUAGUCAUGGAUAAUAAUUGUGAAAUUGUCACUUCAGCGCAUGUUACACAGAAGGAUGCAUUUCUUGUUUUUCGUAGUUUAUGUCGUUUGGCAGUGAAAGAUUUCACGGGUUCAGACUCAAAUGAUCCUAAAUCACAUGCUGUUCGCUCAAAAUCUCUGUCACUACAAUUAUUGCUUAAUUUGUUACAACAACCUGGUCCGUUAUUUUCAACGAGUGAAAUAUUUAUAGCUGCUAUUAAACAGUAUUUAUGUGUAGCUUUAUUUAAAAAUGGUACUUCACCAAUUGUGGAAAUAUUCGAGUUAUCUGUUGCUAUUUUUCUUGCCCUAUUAACAUAUUUCAAACCGCACUUAAAAAGACAAAUCGAAGUAUUCUUCAAAGACGUCUUAUUACUCAUUUUGGAAUCAUCCAAGUCAUCGUAUGGACAUAAAUUAAUUGUUAUUGAUGCAUUGAAACGUAUAUGUGGUGAUGCACAAUGCUUAGUUGAUAUUUAUCUAAAUUAUGAUUGUGAUUUAAGUAUGGCGAACAUAUUCGAACGACUAACAACAAAUCUAGCUAAAAUUGCUCAAGGACGUUAUCUGGUCGCUGAACAUGGUAAUAAUACAUCGUCGUCAAGUCAGCAGCAACAGCAACAAAUAUUACGAUCUAGUGGUUUGGAGUGUUUAGUACUGAUUUUACGUUGUAUGACUGAAUGGUCUCAGGAGCUUUAUAUUAAUCCAGAAUCCCAGUCGUUUUUAGGUUCUGAACCAAUGUUGGCCAAUAGUGGCAGUAAUACUAAUACAGCAGAAAAUGCCGGUGUGGAUGGUAGUCAUAAUAUGACUUUACUAGGCGCUGUUAAACCUUAUGAUGACCCUGAAGCAUUUGAAUCUCGCAAGGCACAAAAAGAAAUUUAUGAAUCUGGAUUAGCAUUGUUCAAUCAGAAUCAACCUCUUCGUUGUUUGCAAUUACUGCAAGAAAAUGGAUUGAUUGGAGAAUCUGUCGAGUCAGUAGCACAGUUUCUCUUAGUUGAGGAUCGUCUGUCAAAAUCACAUAUCGGUUAUUUUCUCGGUGAAAAUGAACCGUACAAUCUACGCGUUAUGUAUGCAUAUGUUGAUCAGUUUGAUUUCACUGACAAAGAUUUCGUUUCUGCUAUGAGGGAAUUUUUAUCGGGCUUUCGAUUACCUGGUGAAGCACAGAAAAUUGAUCGACUUAUGGAAAAAUUUGCUGCCCGUUAUUUUGCAUGCAAUCCAAAUAAUGAUGUAUUUGCUUCAGCCGAUACUGCAUACGUUUUGGCUUUCUCAAUAAUCAUGUUGACUACAGAUUUGCAUAGUUCUCAGAUUAAACCACAUAAUCGUAUGAGUAAGGAGGAUUAUAUACGCAUGAACCGUGGUAUAAAUGAUAGUCAAGAUUUACCAGAAUCUUACUUAGCUCAAAUCUAUGACGAAAUUGCUAAUGCUGGUAUAAAAUUGAAAGCUGAUGAUAAUGUUACCAAACUUACAAAAAUUUCUACAUCAACUGAAAUCAGCCCUAAAUUAGAUAACCGACGACAAACAGGAGAUGGAGAGAUUUUAGGAGAUUCUGUAAUAUCUGGUUCAUCUGAAUUCACUUGUGCAACCCAUUGUGAACAUGUUCGUCCAAUGUUCAAACUAGCAUGGACACCGUUUCUGGCCGCAUUCAGUGUUGGAUUACAGGAUUCUGACGCAAUGGAUGUAAAUCAUCUGUGCUUAGAAGGUAUUCGAUAUGCCAUACGUAUAGCAUGUAUAUUUCAUAUGGAAUUAGAACGAGAUGCUUAUGUACAAGCACUAGCACGGUUCACACUAUUAUUAACAACAUCACAUGUAAAUCCUACUAUUACAAUUGGAAAUUCAUCAGGUAUAAAUGGAAGUAACAAUCAGAAUAUUAAUUCUCGUCGUCCACGAUCUGAGAAGAUUAAUACGAAUGCAUCGUCUACACUUAGCAAUGCUUAUACAAAUGCAUUAGGAUCAACUACUAAUCCUGCUUUAUCUACUCCGGAAGCGAUGAAACAGAAAAAUAUUGAUACAAUACGUACAUUGAUUACAGUUGCUCAAACGGAUGGUAAUUAUUUAGGACGUGCAUGGUUAGAAAUUCUACGGUGUAUAUCUCAACUGGAAUCAGCGCAUUUAAUUACUCAUGCGAUUUCAUCGACAAAUGGAUUAAAUACAAACAAUCCACAUACUGUUAACCGUUCAACACAUUUCAAUUCAUAUAACAAUUCUUACAACCAAAAUACAAAUGAAUUAUCUACGGUUACUUCAUUAACAACAGAAAAUAGUUCUAUUAAAUCAAAUACUUUAGUAGCAUCUAGUCCAAUAGUUACAUCUAAUCAUUUUGUAAGUUCUAAUUUAAAUGAACCUGUAGCACCAGGUAGUUUAGCGGCUUCUAUUGUCGACUCUAAAAAAGCUGCUGUUUUACAAGAAGUAAUGGGAGAGACUGGAUCACAGAGUGUCGUUGUUGCUGUUGAUAAAAUUUUCACAGGAUCAAUUCGUUUAAAUGGUGAUGCUAUUGUAGAAUUUGUAAAGGCUUUAUGUCAAGUUAGUCAGGAGGAAUUAAAUCUUCCACAAGCAAGAACAUUCUCACUUCAGAAAGUUGUUGAAAUUUCAUAUUAUAAUAUGGGUCGUAUUCGAUUACAAUGGUCACGUAUUUGGGAACAUAUUGGUAGUCAUUUUACUACAGCUGGUCGAUCAGUUGAUGAAGAUGUUGCUGAGUUUGUUGUUGAUUCUUUACGUCAAUUAUCAGUAAAAUUAAUAGAAAAAGGUGAAUUGCCUAAUUUUCACUUCCAAAAAGAAUUUCUUCGUCCUUUUGUAAAUAUACUGGAAACUGAACCAAAUGUCAGUCAUAAAGUUCAAGAUAUGAUAGUUCGGUGUAUUUAUCAAUUGGUUCAUUCACAAUAUUCCAAUAUACGUUCUGGAUGGACAAAUAUUUUUGCUGUUCUACACUUAAUAGCAUCAUCUUUAAAUGAAGCAAUAGUUGAUAUGGCAUUUGAAACUUGUCAUUUUACUGUGAAAACUGUUUUCAAAGAACAUUUACGUAUUGUUGUUGAUGCUUUUCAGCCUUUAGUAAAAGCAUUAGCUGAAUUUGCAUGUAAUCCUCGAUUUCCUGACACAGCUAUGGAAAGUAUUCGUUUAAUUCGUAUUUGUGCAUGUACAGUAGCUGAAAAUGAAACAGUGUUUAUCGGUUUACAAAAUCCCGAAUUUCCUAUUGUAAAUAAUAAUUCGAUGGAAUUACCUAAUUCUGACUUGAAAUAUGUAUAUUUAUUACCUGAAGAUGAUCAAAUUUGGUUAAGAGGUUGGAUGCCCGUACUAUGUGAACUAUUUCGUAUAAUAAAUGGUUGUAAAUUAGACGUACGCACUCGUGGCCUUACUGUGUUUUUCGAUAUAUUAAAAUCACACGGCAAUAAAUUUAAACCAUUGUGGUGGCGUGAAACAUUUGCUGUCAUCUUCCGAGUUUUUCAACAUUUCCGAAUCUCUUCAGCAUCAUCAGAAUAUAACAAUACCGUGAUAAAUAUUGAUCCGGAAACAGUCGAUCAUAUUUCUUCAGUAAAAACAGCGCCAUACUCGAAUACAUGGAAUGAACAAGCUACAAUCAAUAAUGGGGGUAUUCAUCAUCAGGCUCUUUCAAAUAUGGAACGUACUGAAUGGAUGAAUACAACUUGCAAUCAUACGUUAUUUUCUGUUGUGGAUAUAUUCACUCAAUUUUAUGAUGUGUUACAUGAUAUUCUUUUAGAUGAUAUUUACCAACAACUUCGAUGGUGCUGUUUACAAGAACAUGAACAGUUGGCUCGUUCUGGAACAAGUUGUUUGGAAACCUUAAUUUUAUCUAGUGGUAAACGAUUCAAUGAUAAAAUUUGGGAAUCAACAGUAAAUUUAAUUGUUGAUCUUUUCAAAUCUACAGUACCCCAUCAAUUGUUAACAUGGCGUCCAGAACAAAUGCCAAUUGAAAUCAAUGAUCAAACUAUUGCCACAUCAUUUGUAAAUACCAAUCAAAAAUCUAUACCUGGUCAUGUUGCUAGAGCACAUUUAUUCGCUGACUUACUCAAUAAAUGUGUAGUACAAUAUGAAUUAAUACAAACAGUUGAUCAUAUUUUAUUUUAUUCAGCUCAUAGUAGAAAUGAAGAUAUUCAUUAUUUACAUGAAGCUCGUCGAUUAGCCGUUGCAUCUUAUCCAGCAUUUGAAGUUGCUUUACAAGCGGCUACAUCAUCAAAUCAACCAACAUUAUUCACUUCACCAUCUUUCCUUACUAAAGAUAGUAAUAGUAAUAAUAAUACAGGAAGUAGAAUAUCAGUAGAUAUUAUUAAUCAUGAUUAUUCGAGUACAAACAAAACUAUGACUAAUCAUAAAGAUGAUCUACACAUUUUAGAUUCUUCUGAAAACUUUAAUGUACUUGGAGAUGAAAAGGCUAGUACUCAAUGCUUUUUUGAAACUAAUUUAAAUAAUACAAAUCAAUUAAUCGGAGCUAGUCCGUUACCGUUCGAUCCCCGAGGUAUGUAUCCUCAUUUGUCACCACAACAACGUCUUACUUUGGCAAAAUGUCUGUUAGAUUCACAUGCAUUCGCUAAAAAAUUUAAUUCAGAUGAUGAACAACGAAAUAUUCUGUUUCAAGCCGGUUUCAAAGUUAAAGCUAAACCGAAUUUAUUAAAACAAGAAACACAUAGUUUAUUAUGUGCUUUACGUAUAUUAUUUCGUUUAGCUGAGGAAGCAAGUGAUAUACGUGAACAAGCUGAUGAAUUAUUGGACCAUGUUAUAUUGGAUGCUUUUCAUUAUUAUCACGGUUUAAUUAUUGAUGGGCAUCGACAUGCAUGGGAUCCUUGUUUAGUAUUAAUUAUUACACAAUUAAUUCAAUUAUCACCUUCAUCAAGAUUUCAUAAACAUGCUACUUGUCUAUAUCCUGGUCUAUGUGAUUUAGUUGCAAUGGCUGGUGGCAUUUCACCACAAGUUGCUGCUUUAAUGCGUGUUUUUCUGCUACGUUGUGGGACCUUCUUUAUACCUAUGACCAAUGCUGGUGGUGGUAGCAAUAGUUGUAUGAAAAUAGAAAAUUCUUCAUAAAAAAACGUAUAAAUUUACAUGUGUAUCUUUCUGUUUUGGCUGAUUACCAGAUUAUUCAUUUUAAAUAUGCUGGAGUGCCAAAGAAAGAAAUAUCUAUAUGAGCGAUGGGAUAUAUAUAUAUAUAUGUCUGAAUGUUUCUGAUUCAAUAAUUUUAUUUAUCCUAACCACUUCUCUUAUAUAAUUAUCUUUCAUUGUUGUUCACUAUUAGGUUCUUAUUAUUAGAAAAGUUCGAAAAUGUAUCAUCGUAAUCAUUUUGUCUACUUGUUUAUGUACAUGUGUGUGUGUUGUUCAUUUUUUCUUCUUCAAUUAAAAUUCUCUCUUUAGAUUUACAUUCCAUAAAAUUUGUGAUAAAAGUGGGUUAGUAUUCUUUUUCUUCGUCCUCUUUUUCUUUUUUAAAAAAGGAAGGAAACCAAUUAAUUAUUUUAUUUAUUUGAAACGAUCUACCAAUUUCAUUACCUUUAACAUGUAUCAUCAGUUCUUUUUUUUCAUUUGUCAAUCUUGUCGAAGGAAAGAAAAAGGACAACUUAUAUGAUCUAUAUCAACAUUAAUUUAUUCAAUAAUUCAGUGCCUUUUUGAUAAAAUAAAAGUUUUUUAUGAUUGAACAAUCGACGACUACGAUGAUGACGACGACAGCGACGAUGAUGAUGACGGUGAUAAUUUGAUGUAAUGUUUUGUUAUAAUUAUUGUUUCAAUUGAAAUAAAUCACUUAUUUUGUUGUGUUUUAGUUUUUGUUUGUUUAUAUAAAUUAUAAAAAUUAAUAACCAAUUAGUGAAGAAUUGUUUCACUGUUUUGUUGAAAUUUAUUAACAUAACAAUAUUGUCUAAAUGAACAUAUGAAAAUACUAUACCAUCUUUUAUUCUUUCCCAUUGCAUAUCAUUAUGUGGUUGUUCAUUGUUAUCUUCUUCUUUAUGAUCAUUAUCAUCAUUGUAUGGAAUUAAGAAAAUAAUAAUGAUAAAUAUUCUAUCACAUAACUACUGUAGUUGUUCACAUGUUAAAUUUUUCUCUUGUAAUUUAAUUGAUUUAUUUCACCUGUCAAUGGCUGUGCGAUUUCACCAAGAAAUAUAUAUUCAUAUUUACAAUGAUUUUGUUUCUUUUUUUUGCGUGUGCAUUCCCCUCAUCUUUUCAUUUACCGGGUCUUCUCUCUCUCUCGUCAUGUUGUAUUUUCUUUUCUUUUUAUGUGAAUAUUGUAUUAUAUUCUUUUCGGAUGAAAACUUCUAAUCCAGAUUCAAACAAUAUGGAACAUCCUGUUCCCCUAUCCAUCACUAAUACGAUUGUAAUUGCCAUCAAUUUUUUUGUAUUCAUGACAGUGAUUGGUUAGCUGAUUACUUAAUUGUUGUUGUGGUGGUGGUUAUCGUUUGUACUGUUAUCAAUUUUCUCGUAUUCUUUUCAAAUUUACUGAAACAUAUAACUCUGUUUACUUUUUUAUUUGUUUAUUUUCACUUGUUUCUGGUUUAUUCUGGGAACAUUUCCUGUGUGAAUAAAUUUGUUCUGUUUGUGUAUUCAUUUGUAGGCUAUUCAUUAUUUUAUCGUUUUAGAGCAAUGAAAAGUUACUUAUUACCUAUUAUCAUUAUUACUACUAUUGUUCUUACUACUAUUAUCCUUUUAAAAUAAUAACAAUAAUCGUCCAGUGUAAACAAAAAAGGUCAUUUAUAAAAUUAAAUAAAUUUUUCUUAUCAUUA